AUGUCAACCCUCAAAUACCGGCACCUGGGCCGGGACUCGGCCCACCGACGUGCCCUCCUCCGCAACCUCGUCACCUCGCUCAUCGCCAACGAAUCCAUCUCCACAACCUGGCCCAAAGCCAAAGAGGCGCAACGGCUGGCCGAAAAGCUCAUCACACUCGGCAAGAAAAACACCGGCGCGUCCCGGGAACGCGCGAAGACGAUAUUCUUCGAGCCCGAACGGGAAGGACAUAUGGAUAAAUUGUUUGGGGAACUCAGAGAACGAUAUGCCGAUCGGCCGGGCGGCUAUACCAGAGUAUUGCGGCAGGAAGCGAUAAGGGACGAUGGCGGGUCCAGUGCGAUUUUGAGUCUGGUGGAUGGACCUCGGGACAUGCGGUUCAGUAUGACUGCGAAGGCGAUCGUGAGGCAGCGGAAGGAGAGUCUGGAAUUGAACGAGGUGAUGCUGGCGAAUAUGCGGAAGGUCACGCGGUUCAGGAUUGGUGGCGAGCAAGCUCUGGAUGAGGAGGUGCAACGGCUGGAGAGGGAUUUGAACCAGCGCGAGGAGAAGGAGAAGAGCGAUUUUGAAGAGGAUGGCACAAUGUAUGAGUGGGCUAGGGGUGAAAAGUCCCGGCCAAGCGGGAUCAAGAGCAAGGAGAAGAAAGGACCGGGUCGUCUGAGGAGACAGAGAGUGGGUGAGGACAAGGAGGUGCCCUGA